AUGGUACGUCUAGACAAAGCUUCGCAUCGGACCAAAGGCAAGGAGAAGCGCACGCGGCCUGAUCCCUCCAGCGACCACGAGGACAAUCACGAUUCGUCUCUGGCAGAGAGACCCAACAAAAAAGUCCGCUGGGGCAACGACCUGGGCACUGUGGAGGAGAGCAUAGAUGAUAACACAGAAGAAGGAACGUCGAACACACCGGAGAAGGCACAAGCCUACUCCGUGUGCAGCGGACGUAUCGGCUGCGCAUAUUACGAUCCGGUGAAGUGCACGAUAUACACAUUCGAAGACACGCCUGAGAAUCAACACUAUGACCUGACGAAAAGUCUCUUGGAACAAUGCGGUCCCGAUAUGGUCAUCACGAGUUCAAAGGCCGACGACAGCUUCAUGGACGUGCUCCGAGACCACAUGGACUCGUCUGGAGGCACUUUUCAGGUGCGACCCCAUAAGGACUUCUCGGCUGCGAAAGGCCGUGACCGCCUGUUGUCCCUGCGACUUCUCUCUGAGCUGCCGUCAGACCUCGCGCGUGACAUGCCUUCUUCAGAGUCUGACAGCGGCUCAGAGCCCCGGAAUGCGUACGAGUUUAUGCGCCGCCGGCAAGAGAUAGGUGGUGACCCGACUAUGCAACAAUGGAAUGCGUCCAUUCGGCUCGCGAACUACGCGUCUAUGGAAGCGACGCCGCUAUGCUUAGGUAGCGUUGGUGCUCUGCUCGACCACCUUACGCGAAUCCGAGCUGUUGGAGAUCUCGAUGACGAAGGGAUCAACGGUCUGGAGGUCCGAGCCAUAGAACCGUUGGCGCCACACCAGACGAUGCAGAUCAACGCGGAUGCGCUGUUUUCUCUGCAGAUAUUCGAAGACGAGAGCCACGCGUCGAUCCACUCCGACAAGACGAAAGAAGGGCUGUCGCUCUUUGGGAUACUCAACAACACCAAGACAACUCUAGGACGUGCUCUCAUGCGAGAGUGGUUGCUGCGCCCGUCACUCUCGCUCUCAGUUAUCGGUGCACGCCACGAUGCUGUUGCCUGCUUUGUGCGGCCUGACAAUCAGGCAGCGGCUGGUUCGAUGCAUUCCCAUCUCAAGGGUAUCAAGAAUGUACCACGGAUCCUAGGCAUCAUGAGGGCUGGUAAAGACAGAGUUUCGGACUGGCAGUGCCUUGUGAAGUUCACUUUCCAUUCGCUUAUGCUACGGGAUGCCAUGGGUGAAUUGUGCCAUGCUGGCCAUGUAGAGAUCGUCAAGAAGGCGAGAUUUCCGUCAUUGGAAGUUGCGAGCUUCAGAGAAGUUGGAACCGCUGUGAACGAGACGAUUGAUUGGGAAGAAUCCGCUCUCGCUGGUCGUGUCUGUGUCCGGCCGCAUAUUGACGAAGAACUGGAUAACUUGAAGCACAUCUACAAUGGUAUCGACAGCGUACUGUCAAGAGUAGCUCAACAAAUAUCGGAGACGAUACCUCCUGAUUACGCAUCGUCGCUGAACGUUGUCUACUUUCCUCAGCUGGGCUUCCUCAUAUGCGUUCCGAUGCUGGAGGAAUGGAAGACAGAUGCCGGAGUCCAGGUCUUGGAUGGGUGGACCUUCCAAGUACGUUUUCUGUCCCACGUUUACUUCAAAUCACAAGAAAUGCACGACAUGGACGCCCAUAUUGGCGACCUCCACCCCUCAAUCGUCGACCGCGAAAUCGAAAUUGUGCAAACGCUCUCCGAACGGAUACUUGUUCAUGCUGAGGCCAUGCAAUAUGCAUGUGAUGUCUGUGCAGAACUUGACUGUUUGUUAUCCUUCGCAGAAGCGUCGACCGCGUGCAACUUCAUUCGGCCGCAAAUGGUAGGAGAGAAUAUUAUCGAGAUUAGACAGGGCCGGCAUCCUUUGCAGGAGCUUGUAGUGGAUACUUUUGUUCCCAACGACGCUUUGCUAUUAGGUGGUUGCGGUGUAGGCGUCGAACUCGAUGACCGCAGCGAGGAUGACGCCUCUCACGACGGCGCGAGGGAUAAGAACAGCAUCGUCGUUUGUACAGGGGCAAACGCGUGUGGCAAGAGUGUAUAUCUGAAGCAGAUUGCUAUGAUCCAGUAUAUGGCUCAGAUCGGAUGCUUCGUCCCCGCUGAGUGCGCCACUCUGGGAAUCGUUGACAAGAUCUUCACGCGCGUUCAGACAAGGGAAUCCGUCUCCAAAGUCCAAUCAGCAUUCAUGAUCGAUUUGAACCAGGUCUCCUUCGCUCUGCGCAAUGCCACGGAGCGGUCUCUGAUUUUACUGGAUGAGUUCGGAAAGGGGACCAUGUCUUCAGGCUCGUAUCCCCUUGCUCCAACUGGCUUGGUCUAUCACCUUCUGGACGGCGCCGGACUCUUCUGCAGCGUUCUCAAGCACCUCGCCAGCAGGGGCUCCGCCUGCCCCAAGGUCCUGGCCGCGACGCACUUCCACGACGUGUUCAUGCCAGACCUGCUCGACCCCGGCUCGCUCCCGAUCACCUUCGUCCACAUGCAGAUCCUCCUGACGUCGAGUUCGGGCCAUCUCCUCCGCGCGAGCGGCGCGGGCGACGCCGACUGCGGGGUGGAAGACGACGGCGAGGAAGACGGGGCGCAAGUUGCCCCGGGAGAGCGGAUCACGUAUCUGUACAGGGUCGCGAAAGGCCUCUCACUCGACUCGCACGCAGCGAUGUGUGCCGAGAUAUUCGGGAUACCGCGCCGUGUCGCACAGCGGGCGCAGUAUGUCAGCCGACUGCUAGCGACGCACGAACUCGGCCAGCUUCUUGACGAAGAGAUGAGCGACGUUGAGCGCAGGGAUCUCGAGGACGCGGAAGAGGUCUGCCGGCGGUUCCUCGCGUGGAACUUCGCCCGCGACAACGACGAUGAUGACGACCCGGACCCACGGCAGGAUGUGAGGCGCACGUUGGCAGAAGUACUCGGGCGCCAAGUUGAGUGA